CAUGCAUCUCCUCUCUAUGGUCUUUGACGUGUUUCAUGCACGGCUCACCAAGGCUACGACAGUUUGAACUGCCUCGGCACCUGUAUGCGGCGCAGAAAGUGUGUCAUCACUACCGCGCCAUCCCUCAAGAGCGGUGUUGUCCCCGCUAUGUUCAAGGUAGUUCAGUUGGUGGCUGCUCCUGCUAGCUUGAGCUUGCUCACUGUUCGGGUAUAUGCUGCUGUUCCUGAGAAUGAAACUGUCAAAAAGAACUUACUCAAAGUUGAUCAACUGUCACUCUAUACCAGUCCAGCACCAAAAUCAAAGUAUGUAGAAGAUCCGCAAACACAGUUGGAGGAAGGAAUCUGUCAUCUGCGACAGACUUUGAAGCCAUAUACAACCUGGUUUCAGGGCUUUUAUGACAAAGCCAUGCCAAAGGCAGAAAAAGCCGUUGAAUAUGGUGGAGAAUGCUAUGAAUUUCUCAAAUGUCCACCUCCAGGAUUUUACCCAAGGCUUGGUGUCAUCAGCUUUGCUGGUGUUGUUGGAUUGUUCCUGGCUAAAGGCUCCAAAAUAAAGAAGCUCGUCUACCCAGUAAGUUUCAUGGGAAUUGGUGCCUCCCUGUACUAUCCACAGCAAGCCAUUGCCAUUGCCAAGGUAACUGGUUCUCAGUUGUAUGAAUGGAGUCUGCAAGCAUACAUAAAUAUAGAAUCUCUCUGGAAGGAUAGUCCAAAAAAGAAAAAAUCUGCAAAAGCAAGUGACAAGGGUGAUGCAGAAAGUUACAAGUCAGUAAAAGUGCAAGAAGGUUCUGGUGAAGUAAGAACAAUAAAAUAAAAGUCUUCACAGCUUCUCAUCGAACAGAUGGAUGGAAAGCGUACAGAAGAUCAAUGCUUUUCUAGAAGAGAAGAUAACCACAGAAUCUGUGUUGAAAACGAGUACAGUUUGCCUGUUUGACCUCAGAAAAAGCCUGGCCUUGCAAUUUGUCUUUAAAAACACCAUGUUUGGAUGUGAAGGAACACAGCCUUUGUCUUCUGCCAGCUUUGGGCUUUAGGUCGGAGUUUGGUAUGAAGAUUCAUGGGCUGCUUCAGGACCUGGGUCUGUGUCUGCAAUCCUGAAUGCUGCUUACAAGGAAGUAUGUCCUAUUUACCUCAACAGGACUUAAUUCUAAGUAAACGUUUAGGAUUGGGCUGCAAAUUAGUGAGUCUCAAAACUCCUCAAUAUCUCGUUAGUAUUUAUAGGCUUAAUUAAAAGGAAGAUUAAAAAAUG